AGUAAAUCUCUUGUUGUGUAUAAAUAAGCUUAUUAUACACACACCAUUUCCGUCCAAACAAAGCCUCAAAAAAUUUGAGACUGUGAGAGUGAGAGCUGAGAGAGAUUAGACCCAGAUCAUCUGUUUCUCUUUCCCGCUCACUCUUUUUGCAGUUUUGCUCUCUCAGCAAUAACAGAUUAAACCCAAAAAUAAGAAACGGAAAACAAACAAACAGAGUAUUAAGAGCAAUACAGCAAUAUCACCACCAUUAACGCCAGAGGCUGGAGCUGGAGAAGAAAAAGAUAAUAUAUGGAGGGCGGCGCAGGAAAAGGUUUGGAAUGCCAGAAGACUAUGGAUGGGAAGGGGAGUAACGGGAAUGGCUCAGAGAAGGCUAUCCCUUCUUGUUGCUUGAAGGCCAUGGCUUCAGCCCCAGAGCUUGAGGCAAAAUGCCAUUCUACUGUUGUUUCUGGGUGGUUUUCAGAAUCUCACUCUUGCUCUGGGAAAGCCAGCAAAAGGGUUUAUUUUAACAAUCCAAUGUGGCCUGGAGAAGCCCAUUCCCUAGUGGUGGAAAAAGUUUUGUUUAAGGCUAAGUCAGAGUAUCAAGAGGUCCUGGUUUUUGAGUCCUUAACAUAUGGAAAAGUGCUCGUACUUGAUGGCAUUGUUCAGCUGACAGAGAAAGAUGAAUGUAGCUACCAGGAGAUGAUUGUUCAUCUUCCUCUCUGUUCAAUUCCAUCCCCCAAAACUGUUCUUGUUGUUGGUGGUGGAGAUGGCGGUGUUCUUAGAGAAAUAGCUCGCCAUAGCUCUGUGGAGCAAAUUGAUAUAUGUGAGAUAGAUAAGAUGGUCAUUGAUGUCUCUAAAAAGUUUUUUCCUGAGUUAGCUGUUGGAUUUGAGGACCCUCGUGUCCACCUCUAUGUUGGUGAUGCUGUUGAAUUUCUUCGGAAUGCACCUGAGGGGAAAUAUGAUGCAAUUAUUGUGGAUUCAUCAGAUCCUGUUGGACCUGCUCAGGAGCUUGUAGAGAAACCUUUUUUUGAUACAGCAGCCAGAGCAUUAAGGCCUGGUGGUGUCCUCUGUAACAUGGCAGAAAGCAUGUGGCUCCAUACGCAUCUAAUUCAAGAUAUGAUCUCUAUUUGCCGUGAAACAUUUAAGGGUUCUGUUCACUAUGCCUGGACUAGUGUGCCAACAUAUCCAAGUGGUGUGAUAGGAUUUCUUAUAUGCUCAACUGAGGGGCCACCUGUUGAUUUUCUAAAUCCCAUUAAUCCUAUUGAGAAGUUAGAAGGAGCUCUGAAGCAUAAAAGAGAGCUAAGAUUCUAUAACUCAGAGAUGCAUUCAGCUGCCUUUGCCUUGCCAUCCUUUCUGAAAAGGGAGGUGAGCUCGCUUUGUGAUUCUCCAACCCCGGCAGCACAACGAAUCAGUGUUUCCUAGUUAAUUCAUACCAGUCCUAGUUUGGUUUUUCAGAUAUAUGGAAUUAGUAACAUUGAAAGUAGACUGUAGGUGAUUAUUGCACCAUUGUAGAUGGGACCAUGAGCUCUGUUUCAGGAAUUAGUGAGGAUAUUAAUUCCAGCGUGUAAUAUCAUCUCUGCCAAUAAUCAAUUUGUGGAUGGCUACUUUUAUUAUAUUUGUACCUCUGAAAUUAUCAUAUUUUGUGAAUGUUGACUUUUCCUUGUUCAUUUA